AAAAGUUGGUGUUUGCUGCUAGUAGUAGUUCUUGGAAAUGAAUGCAGCCCUCCUCAUGAUGCAAGGCAUUUAGUGAGAGCAUUCAAACCACUUGCAAGAGUUUGGUGAGAGGAGGGAGGCUGUGAGAUUUGUUCUGCAUCUGAGCUAAGCUUAAGCUCAAGCUCAAGCUAAGCUAAAGCUUCAUCCCUGUGCUUCCUAGCUGUGUUCUUCAGUUCUCCUCUUCCUAGAUUUGGAGAUUUAGCCAGUCCACUGCAAUUAUUCUUGCUGAAAAGCAGAAAAAGAGGAGAGUCAAAUCUUUAGUUUUUCUUUACAUAUAUUUUUGCUGCUCUCUUCUUUGAUGCUGGGUGCCCUUUUCUUUAAUUUGAGUUCUUGAUCCUGCCAAAAGCAAAAGCCCUCACUUUUAGCUGAGGAGGAUGAGAGGAGAGUCCAAAAGGAAAAGGUGAAGAGUGUCCUCCUUGCAUCUCAAACCCUCCACCCUCCAAACUCCUUCAAAGCAAAAGCUCCAAUUUUUACCACAAAAUCUGCAUCUCCCACUGUUUCCACACUACCAAAUCCAUUUUCCCACCCGGAAACCCUCAAAUUCCUUCAUCUCAGACCUCCAUUGCCAUUCUGCCGGCGUUGUUGAUGCAAGAAAUGCCCAGUUUCUUUCACUUGUGAGCUCUUGAUCCAUAGUUCUCCAAAGAUCCAAUUUUUAGUCCGCCCAAAGCUGCAGUUUUUCCGCAGCUGCUGAUCCGAAAUCUCGGAUUUUUUUUGCUCCACUCGAUGCCUCCUCACUCCACUCGUUGAUCCAAAACUGCCACGAAGAAGAAGCUGCGAUUUCUCCGGCUGCUCGAUCCCUAUGCAUCUCUCCCUAUGGAAGCCCCUCUCCCACUGCGCCGCCGUCUUCCUGGCCAAGAAUCACCGGCGCCGCGGCGGCGGCGGUCACGGUGGCGGGCACGGCAGCAAUGGCCACCGUGACGACCCGGCGUCGUUCCUCCGCCAGCUGCGGGACGCGCUCGACGCCGCGUCGGAGGACGGCUCGCUCUGCCCGCCGCCGGACAUUGCCGGCGCGGGCGCCGACGCCGACGCCGCCGUGUCGCGCUCCCGCUCCCUCGCGCGGCUGCGGGCGCAGCGGGAUUUCCUCCGCGCCACCGCGCUCGCCGCCGCGGCCGGGCCCUUCCGCUCCCUCUCCGACAUCCCGCUCCUCCCCCACGCCAUCGCCAGCUUCCUCUCCAUGUACCCCGACUACGCCACCACCUCCGACGUCGACCGCCUCCGGCUGGAGCAUUACUCCCACCUCGACGCCCCCGGCGCCGGCAGGGUCUGCCUCGACUACUGCGGCUUCGGCCUCUUCGACUCCGGCUGGGACUCCUCCUCCUCGUCCUUCACAUUGUCCGAGCUCAAUGCCAACCUGAGCAACCACGCGCUCUACGGCGGCGCCGAGGCCGGCACGGCCGAGAACGACAUCAAGGAGCGGAUCCUCGAGUACCUGAAUGUGCCGGCGAGCGAGUACGCCCUGGUGUUCACGGUGAGCCGUGGCUCGGCGUUCCGGCUGCUUGCCGAGUGCUACCCGUUCGAGACCAACCGGAGGCUGCUCACAAUGUUCGACCAUGAGAGCCAGUCUGUGAGCUGGAUGGCGCAGAGUGCGCGGGCCAAGGGUGCCAAGACACGCAGCGCGUGGUUCCGGUGGCCGACGCUGAAGCUCUGCACAACGGAGCUGAGGAAGGAGAUCGUGGGCAAGAAGAGAGGACGGCGACGGGAUGCCGCAGUCGGGUUGUUUGUGUUCCCUGCACAAUCUCGGGUGACCGGCGCCAAGUACUCGUACCAGUGGAUGGCGUUGGCACAGCAGAAUGGCUGGCAUGUGAUGCUUGAUGCAGGUGCACUUGGCCCCAAGGACAUGGAUUCUCUCGGGCUCUCGCUGUUCAGGCCAGAUUUCAUCAUAACCUCGUUCUACCGGGUUUUCGGUGCUGACCCAACUGGGUUUGGUUGCCUUCUGAUCAAGAAAUCUGUUAUUGGGAGCUUGCAGGGGAGGAAUGGGUGCAAUGCUUCUGGGAUGGUGAAGAUUGUUCCAGUGUUUCCGCAAUAUUUGAGUGACUCCGUUGAUGGAUUUGAUGCAAUGGAUGAUCUUGAAGAUGAUUCUGGUGUCCACAAAGAUGAGAAGUCAGCGUCUGAUGCCCGCAAUGGGUCGCAGCUGCCAGCAUUUUCAGGUGUGUACACAUCUGCUCAGGUCAGAGAGGCAUUUGAGAGUGAUCCUGGCCGGGACAGCAGCUCGGAUAGGGAUGGGGCGAGCACCAUAUUUGAAGAAACUGAGAGCAUCUCUGUUGGUGAGGUCAUGAGGAGCCCGGCAUUCAGUGAGGACUGUUCUUCAGAGAAUUCUUUCUGGGUUGAUGUUGGCCAAAGCCCAUUGGGGUCGGAAAAGGGCGGUCAGUUCAAGAAAGGGAAACUUGGAUCCCCAUUACCAUCUUCUUGGUUUGCUGGCAGAAAAAGUAACAAGAGGAUGUCACCGAACUUAACAUCUAGGAUAUCAAGAAGCCCUCUUUAUGAUGGUCAGGUGGUUUCUUUUGAUGCAGCUGUAUUAUCAGUUUCACAUGACGCGGACUGCCUCAAAGAGGACCCUGAAGAAGAAAUAUUUGAGAAUGGUCAGCGGAAUCAUUUCAGGCAAGUUAGUGAAAUCCAAGAGGAGCCAGAGGUUGAAGAAGUUGCAUGUCAACAUGCUCUGAACGGCGAUGUGGAUCACAAAGAAAGUGCUAUAAGAAGGGAAACUGAAGGGGAAUUUCGGCUUUUGGGAGGGAGGGAUGGAAACAGCAGGUUUGCUGGGGGUCGGCUCUUUGGUGUUGAUGAGAUUGACGGAGCUUUAAGCAUGGGCCGUAGGGUUUCAUUCAGCACUGAAGCAAAUAUUAUUGUGGAUAGACUACAUCGGGCCUCAGAUGCUGCAGAAGCUUCUGGAUAUGCAUUUCGUGACGAUGAUGGUUGUGUGAGUGAUGGGUAUGAUGAUGCUCAGGACUGGGGCAGGAGAGAGCCAGAGAUAAUAUGCAGGCACAUUGAUCAUGUUGAUAUGAUGGGGCUUAACAGAACAACUCUUAGAUUAAGAUACCUGAUCAAUUGGCUAGUAACUUCACUGUUGCAGCUGAGGUUGCCAGACUCAAAAGAUGGUGAUGCAGACCAUCUUGUCCAUAUUUAUGGCCCAAAGAUUAAGUAUGAAAGGGGAGCUGCUGUUGCUUUCAAUGUGAAGCAAAGUAAUGGCACUUUUGUUAAUGCUGAAGUUGUCCAGAAGAUUGCUGAGAAGAAUGGCAUAUCCCUUGGUAUUGGUUUUCUUAGUCAUAUAAAGUUAGACCUGAAUCAUAAACAGUUAAAUGGAGCAUUUGAUAUACCUGAAGCUUCCUUUUAUAAGAAUGGCCGCAGAGACAGUAAAAACGUAACCGUGAGAGUUGAAGUUGUGACUGCUUCCCUUGGCUUCCUUACUAAUUUUGAAGACGUGUACAAUAUGUGGGCAUUUGUUGCCAAGUUCUUGGAUCCUUCAUUUCUAGAAAGUGAGCGCUUCACCAUUGCUGCUGACCACUCAGAAGGACAAACUUGAACUUUAUCUGUAAUUUGCAUUCUGCAAAGGAGAGGAAGGUGAUUUUUCUCCUUUAUGUCUUCGAGGAGUAUUUGGUAGUGGAUUUAGCAGAUUUGUUUAUUCUUUGCUUAGUUCCUCGAGAUGUGACUUUUUUUGUUUCAUGUAGAGUUUGCUCAAAUAUGUACCAGCAGCUCACCAGUAGAGCUCCUUUCCACUGAACAAUGUUUGUAAAGCAACUCACUGCCCCACUCGAAAUGAAAUAGUUUGAGUGCUUUGUGAUACACUUGGUUAGGCGUGUGUUCAUCAUGCAGUUUUUACUGUCACAUUUACAAUUUUUUCUUCAACUUUAAGUUUGAUCACUCAAAAAUCAAUUGGUGUUGCUGUAUACUUCUCUUCUGUUCAUGAAGUAAGAGCUGAAAAUGAUGUA